AAAGGAUCAAAAACCAUUUGGGGCCGAAGUGUCUCACAGCUCCACGGGCUCAAACGGUAUCAAUUGGAACUCUAACCCUCAUCAGCAUUCCAUGGCCAUCGACGAUCCAACCGAAAUCCUUGCGAUUUCCCACUGAUACCUCUUGCCAUUGGCCAUUGCAGCUGGACCCUCUGUUGUUGUGCUCAUUAUUAUAGUAACACAAGACAACCAACAACUCAUCUAGCUAACAUCUACGACUAUCAAUACGGUAUGAUUCAAACUCUGUUUUUGCUGUCUCCCACAGGAGAAGUUCUGAUUGAACGUCAUUUCCGUGGCGUAGUAACCCCCCGUUCGGUCUGUGAUACCUUUUGGGAUCGAGCCUCGCAGUCGGUGAAUCACCAUGGCGGUCUGUCGACGACUACGUCUAUUUUACUGCAAGACGAUCACUACGAUUCCAUCACUCCCGUCAUGGAAAUAUCCUCCACCACAGGAUCGCUUCUCUACGUCAUUAGCAUUCUCCGCGAUGGAUUGUCCUAUUUGGCGGUGUGUCCGGCCGAAGUGAGUCCCCUCCUCAUUUUGGAGUUUUUGCACCGCAUUGCCGACACACUGGUCGAUUACUUUGGCAACCCCGCCGAUGAAUCCACCAUUAAAGAGAAUUUCUCCACCGUCUAUCAGUUACUAGAAGAAAUGAUGGAUUACGGAUGGCCGUUAACGACCGAAGGAAAUGCCCUCAAAGCCAUGAUUCGACCACCCACCGUCAUGAGCAAAUUACUCGCCACGAGUACCAGUGCUGUUUCGGAUGAAUUGCCCAGUGGAACCGUCUCCAAUAUGCCCUGGAGAGCGGCGGGUGUUCAUUACAAUCAAAAUGAAAUUUACAUGGAUAUCAUUGAAGCGGUAGAUGCCAUUGUCGAUGCAUCGGGCAGACUCGUCAGUGUCGAUGUCAGUGGCAGUAUUCAAUGUCAAUCCCAUCUCAGUGGCAUUCCCGAUUUGUUAUUGACAUUUAAAGAUCCAUCGCUCAUUGAUGAUUGCUCCUUUCAUCCGUGUGUCCGAUAUGCGAGGUAUGAACACGAUCACGUCGUUAGUUUUGUUCCACCCGAUGGGAACUUUGAACUUAUGCGAUAUCGCAUCAAACGAGAUUCCGUCGCCAACUUUACACCCCCCAUUUAUUGUCAUGUUCAAUGGAAUGUGGCCAGUACUAAUGAAGGCAACGAUCCAGAUGACUCUAGUAAAGGACGCAUCGUACUACAAAUGGGAUUGACGCCGUCCAGUUCGCUCAUUUUGUCGGCAUCCCGCAACAAAUCACAAGCUCUCAUCGUAGAAGAUGUCGCCAUUACCAUUCCAUUUCCCAAAUCGGUACGCAGCAUUGCCAAUUCCUGUUCGGCAUCCGUCGGGUCACUCAUUUACGAUGAAGCCGGUAAAGUCGUCCAAUGGAAUUUGGGGAAACUGGAUGUCACCAAAAAACCACAAUUGACCGGACAAUUCACACUGAAUACGACAAGUGAUACGGCGACUACCAGCAUGACGAUGGCACCUAAUCUGUCCAUGAGUUGGAAAAUUCCACUCGCGUCCGUCUCUGGACUCUCUGUCAGUGGACUCUCUGUCCAGGGAGAAAAAUAUCGACCCUACAAGGGAGUACGGAAUAUUACCAAGAGUGGCAUGUUCCAAGUUCGAGUGGGAUAGACUAUUAAUAAUUUUUAAUAGCUAAUGUAAAUAAGUCGACUCCAACUUGGGUCUGU